AUGUCCCUGCUGCGUCCAAUCGCCUGCUCUAUUCUGCUGAUAGGAGGCUGUUCGGAGAGAGAAGAAAGCGGUUGUUUACGAUCUAUAGAAGAAGUAUCACUUAGUCGUACUCCUACUGGUGUUAAUGUUGUUUCGCAAGUAGUUGGCCAACUACAAGAAGCUAGACGCAGUCCCUCUGUUUUCCGUGAACGGAAUGGUUUUGUUGUGCUUGGAGGUGAGGUUGAGUUUCGUUCAGUUCUUCGUCUUUUCGAGUAUUCAUUGCUUAUAUGGGAUUUUUCUCUCUUCUUAGUUUACUCCUUCGGCAAAUUUCUUGUCUUUCAGAAUUCACUUGGAGCUGUUAUUGGGGGUUACAAUGGGACCGAAUGCUUAAAAACGGUGCAGUUACUGUCUUCAACUACAUUACAUGACAUUCCUUUCCGAUUGAAGAAUAGUGUUGGAGUUACGUUAACGGACGGGGCAGUGCUUCUAUUUGGUGGUUGGGACGAAAUCCGUACUAUGAAGACCAACAUCAUAUUAAGGUUGAAUUUUAAUCCAUGCUUCACAUCCUACCGAAUUGAAUUGGAAUCUAUUCUCCCAUAUGACGUUGAAGGACAUUGCUGUGCUCGUUACGGAGAUCAUGUAUUUGUCAUAGGUGGUUAUGACGGUGUUUCUGUGACUGAGAAAAUUGUGCGAUAUUCGAUCUCAAAUAAAUCUAGUGAGGUAUUGCCCACACACCUGUCAAUAGCUCGAGAAAAUCAUGUAUGUGAGAUUCUUCUCGACCGAUAUCUCGUUAUCAUGGCUGGUUGGGACGGAAAGAAGGCGUUGAAUUCUAUCGAAGUUUUUGAGUUGACUGACGAAUAUCCGUAUUUAAUCCCAUUCGGAGUAGAAUUUAAGCUGUCAGAGGCUAGAAUACGCCCUGCUUCGAUUGUAGUGUACUGA